UUGUUAAGUGCAAUUGGAAGACGUGUAGAACUUGGUUUUAACUAGCUACAGAAUUUCGGGAAAGUUUAUUUUUAUUUAUUUAUUUUUUUUGUAUUAGCAGUUAUUUUUUUCUUAUCAAAUUUGUGGUUAGUUGGUAGCUAUUUAUUUUUUAAAGUGGUGAGCUGAAGUCACAGAGGUGUGCUAAAACUAAAAAGGUGGAUCGUGAAUUUAGAGGCUCCAGAAACAUUUGAUGAUCCCAUUAGAUUUUCUGAAGAUGAGUGGAACGUGUUAACGAAACAGCAGAAGGAAUUGUGUAGAUGGCAAGUGGUGCAGAAUUAUGAAACCAUGACUUCAUUAGGUACAAGUACAGGAUGCAGUAACUCAGCAGAACGUGAUCCUCUGAGAAUGAAUGUUAUACAGCCGUCUCAUGAUAUAAAGGAAGAAGUGACUGCAUGCCCUGUUGAUGUCAAGGAAGAAAUUCCAGAAACACUCAAUGAUGUAAAGCAGGAAGUGACCGUAAAGCAGGAGAAAGAUCUGGAAGACUCCCCAGUCUCUUUCAGUAUCCCCGUGAAACAGCUGCUACGUGUCAGUGAUGAAUUUUCUUCCAGUGAUGCUACAGAAGGAGAAGUUGGUGACAAAAAGCACCUUAAUACAAUUCCAAGUGGUAUGAACAGCACAUCAUCGUUCUCAUCUGCUAAACUUACUAGGAUUAGAUCAUUCCUGAAGCCAAAGUCUGAACCAGGAGUCUUUUCUACUUUGUCUUUGUCAUCCAGUUGGGUUAAGCCUAGUAAGACUGAAUGGUCUGAAAACUCUAUCUCAGGGAAAGAAAUAUGCACCCUUUUACCAUCAUUGCUGUCUUCAUCAAAUGACCCAGCCAGGGAUGGAUCAUCUGAGAAGUCAAACUCAGAACCUGUCCCCAGGUUUGCAGAUUUUAUGAAGGAUCAGCUAUCGGAACUUAUUGCCCACCAGGAGAGCCUCACAGGAGAGAUGAGUUUUAAAUGUACUACAUGUGAGAAGUGUUUUCCUGACCAGUUUACUUAUAUCAAACAUAAAUUUAGAGAACACAGACAAAUUCACAAAGCAGGGAGCUGUCAAGCAACAGAGUUGCAGUGUAAAUCAGCCCCCAAUGAGAAAUUGUUCACACGACUGGGUAGCCUCUCUUUCAAUAAGCAUUUGCUGCCUAAGCCAAACUUCAGCUCAAGUAAUGUGGAUAAUUCAGCACAGAAAAUGUUUGCAUGUCGUGUUUGUGCCGAAUGUUUUCCAGACAGAUCAGGUCUUACCAAACAUCUGCUAACACACACUGAUCUUGAGGAGGAAUCAUAUAGCUGUACUGAAUGUAACAAAAGUUUUCAAAGGAAGAGUUCUCUAUUAAAACAUGCAAGGGUGCACACUGAAGAAAACUUGGAGAAAUUAGAAACAGGAGACAGCCCUUUUCAAUGCUUCGAAUGUGGAAAAUGGUUCACAAGGAGAUUAGAAUUUGAUAUACAUUACAGAAUUCAUAUGAACAGUAAGCCUUACAAAUGUUUUAUUUGUAAAAAAGGUUUCUUAACAAGAGGAGAAAUGAAGAAGCAUAAAUGGAUUCAUGUUAAAGAGAAACCUUAUAAAUGUACUAAAUGUGGGAAGAGUUUUUUAUUCAGGGAUACAUUUGUAAAUCAUAAACGGAGGCAUUCAGGUGAGAAGCCAGCUGCAUGUAACAUAUGUGGGAAAAGUUUUGUAGCAGUGAAAAGUUUAUUAAACCAUCUCAAGAUUCAUACUGGAAAAGCAUCAUACAGCUGCAGUAUUUGUGGGAAGUCUUUCCUGUUUAGGUCAUAUCUUCUUCAACAUAGAAAGGUUCAUGGAGGUGUAAAGCCUUUUAAAUGUACUGAGUGUGGCAAAAACUUUAGGGCAAAGUGUGCAUUAAAAAGUCAUGAAAAAAGUCAUGAAAGGGUACACAGUGGAGAAAUUACCCCAGCUGUGAAAUAUUUCAUAUGUACUGACUGUGGAAAGAGCUUCACAUCAUAUUGCAGACUGUUAGUCCAUAAAAAGAUUCAUGCAGGUGGCAUUAAGGGUGCGGAAAAGAGCACUUCUGGCUAACAUCAAAGACUGAAGCAAUAGUAAUUUCAUGAACUUUAAUCAUACACUGACUUAGGAAUUUGUCCAUUUCUGUCAUGGUAUUAAAAACCCGAAAGACGCGGAGAAAUUAAACCAUGAGAAGCCGUUUGUGUGCUGUCUGUGGAAAAAGCUUCAGGCAGAACAGCUUCUCUUGUUACGUAUGGAUACAUAAAAGUGGGAGAAAUCUUAAAAAUGCAUUUUGUGCAAAUACAGUUUUACCCCUAAAUCAUGUUUGACUUAGCUCCCCUGGAUAGUUACAGCUUCAUUUACAGAAACCAGCCAUGUUUAAAGACCUCUCAUCUACAUUUUGUGGAUGAUUUAAAACUGUGUAGUUCAUCAGAUAAUAAUGAUAUGACAGUACUAUUGCAAAUGGUUAACUCUUUCUAGGAUGACAUAAAAAUGACAUUUGUUUUGGUAAAUGUGCAAAAGCACCAUUUAUGAAAGGAAAGCUGCAGCACCAAGAAAGUAUCAGCCUGGUACAGGAAUGUGAUAUAAAGGAGAUGAAGGGUUAGAAAUAAAACAUUAACAAAUUAGAACAAAGCUUUGUUAAGCAUACUGCAGAAGGCUAAAACUAAUAUACUGAAAGUUACCUUUAUAUCUAAGAGUAAAGUCCAAAUCAGUUUACUUUCUCUUCUGUUCUAACUUACAGCUUUGGUAUGACUGAUUGACCCAAACAACAUUGAAUCAGUUGGACAAGAAAACAAGAAGAAUGCUUCAGGCGUAUCAAAUGGUAUAUAAAGCGAGUGCACACCAAGAUUGCAUAUUCUUUGCUUUGAAGACAGUAUGGGCCACCUUGAAAUUGACUACAUUUAUACGUCUGCACUUGUGGAGCUACUUAUAUAUUUGCUGACCUCAUCAGAUCCAAACUUAGAUUCUAAAGCAUAAAGAGAAGAAGUUUGAGGUGACAUCUUUGCUUACCUUAGCAGAAACAUUUUGGAGACGAGUGGGAAUAGAAAUCAAAUCAAAAUUGAAUGAGAAUCAAACCACAAUUGAAAGUGCCAAAAAUAAAAAGAAUAUAAAGAAAAAUUGAGAAAAAAAUGUAAAGCCCAUAAUUACAAUGAGAAGUAAAGAAAACUCUUAGAACUACAUGUUGACCAAGAAAUGACAGAAAUGGUUGAGAAGAGGUGAAUUUAAGCCAAAAGAAGAAAAGCUAAUAAUAGAGAUUCAAGCUAGUGGGCAGUGUACAUACUGAUUCACAAAGCAUGUCGAACAUGUGGAAAAAAACAAGUGGAAACAGUUGCACAUGUCAUUGCCAGGUACUCAUGGCUGUGGAACUGUAUACUGAAAGGCUCAAUGAUGUAGCAAGACUAUUGCACUGGGGAUUUUGCAAACAUUACAAUACAGUAGAAGCUGAGAAGCAUUAGAAGCAUGAACAGCAAAGUAUUAUUAACAGUGAUGAAGUCUGGAUCACAUGGGGAUCACCCAAUACCAGUAGCUGCGAAAAUAAAUGUAAGUAAACCAGAUAUAAUGGUCCAAAAAAAAAAAAAUCACUGAAACUGCUUUACCUAUCGAUAGUGCCUUGUGUACGGAGAGAGACGGCCAAAAAAUUCCAGGAUUUGCAAGCAGAAAUGAGAACAAUGUGGAAGAAAGAUAACCAGUCAGUUCUAAUAGUAGUAGGAGUAACCGGACUGAUAAAAAAAAUAAUUUACAAUCGUACUUAAGUAUGUUACCAGUACAUGUAAUCUCAUAUGAAUUACAGAAGGGGGGAAUUCUAGAUGCAUUGUGGUGCUAAAAAGAGCAGUCUUGGCUAACAUCAAAGAGUGAAACAAUACCAAUUUCAUGAACUCUAAUUGUACUGUGAGUUAGGAAUGGGGCCUAUUCCCAUCAUGGUAUUAGAAACCAAAAGCUUUUGUGGAAAUUCAGGGUAUCCUUUUAAGUACAUAGAAUGUGGCAAGAGUUUCAAGUAUAAAUCAUGUCUCCAUAGGCAUUACUGAAGAAUUUGUAUAGUAAAGAGAAAAAAAAAUUUAAUUUUUGUUGUUUUACAAAAUUUACACAUAGACUAAAACAGUGCAGAAUAGAACUUAACAAAAUGUAUUUAUAAAUUAAAAUCACAAAAGGAAGCAGGUAUGAAAAGUUUAUAUGGAUUACAAACUUGUUAAAUACGGAGAAAGAACUUGCCUGCUAGUAGCGAUGUCCAUCUUUCUGCAAAACUGAUUUGUUCUAAUUUUUGUAUGUAUAAACUAAUAUUAAAUGAAGAGUUUGGACAAAUAUGAGAAAUCAUUUCAAUAAUGUAAAAAUUAUGAAGUUGGAAUAAAAUGAGAGUCCAUUAACUGAAAAAA